GCUCACACACGCCCUGCUACUUGUUGGCUCACGAAUCCACCGCUUUCCGUGCAGGAAUAUGCCGCACUUGCGGUAUUAAAACAUGACACAUGAGUUUAAGUGAGUCAUCUAUAUGGGCCAUCUUCUUUCGAAAAAUGGUUACCGCCUGAAAAAGCGAACGCGCAAGCUGCGUAAGAAGAAGAGGAAAAGGAAUUGCUUGUUGCAGGGCCCCUGCAUGCUCUGCUUCAUCGUCCACGGCAACAGUGGUAGCCCUGACGACGAGCCUCUGGAGACCAGCGGUGGUGGCAGCAGCAGCGCCGUAGCCGCCUCGGCCGUCAGUGCAUCGGCCUCCAAGCUCGCCGAGCGCUACGCAUCCUCGCUGGGCUCGCCCGAGGCCUGUGCCCACUUCCUGUUGGCACCGCAUGCCGAGCUGGCACUCCUGACCGCCUCUGUCCCUGCCAAGCUCCUCGGCCCGCCCUCCCUGUUCCGCCCCGCAGCAGCAACUGUCGCUGCCGCCUCGGUUGCCGUGCCGACGCCGCCCAGCCUCGCCGAGAUGGUGUGCAAGCGCAAGUGUGCGGAGCUGCAGCGUUGCACGCCAUGCAAGCAGCCGCGCUGUGCCUUCCCCGAGAGCGCUGCUGAGGGAGGCGGAGCCACCACCGGGGGAGGCGGGGCUUCCGCUGCUGCCGACGAGGCCGCCGCCCACCGCCUCCGGCCCCUCUGCUCUUUACCCUCGUCUUCCUCAACGUCCUCGUCUUCAUCAUCUGCCUCCUCCUCCUCUUCCUCCUCCUCCGGCGAGGACACCCUGGGGGCGGUGCUACUGGGGGACAGGACCAGCCCUGCCUCGGAGUGCUCCGAUGCGUCCUGCAUCAAUCACCUGCCCUCCUCCAUCCUCCUCAAGGUGUUUUCCCACCUGACGGUUCGGGAGCGCUGCCUCGGCGCCUCGCUGGUGUGUAAGUACUGGCGUGACCUGUGUCUAGACUUCCAGUUCUGGAAGCACAUCGACCUCAGUGGCCUGCAACAGGUGAACGACGAGCUGCUGGUGAAGAUCGCCUCCCGUCGGCAGAACGUGACUGAGGUCAACAUCUCGGACUGCCGGAACGUGCAGGACCACGGCGUGUGCUCGCUGGCGUCCCAGUCCGCGGGCCUGCUGAAGUACACGGCCUACCGCUGCAAGCAGCUCAGCGACCUCUCCCUCUGCACCAUCGCCACACACUGCCCCCUGCUGGCCAAGAUCCACGUGGGCAACCAGGACAAGCUGACCGACCAUGCGCUCAAACUGCUGGGCCAGCACUGCUCGGAGCUGAAGGACGUCCACCUGGGCCAGUGCUACAACAUCAGCGACGAGGGCAUGGUGGCCCUGGCCACGGGAUGCCCCAAGCUCCAGAGGAUUUACAUGCAGGAGAACAAACUGGUGACGGAUAAGUCGGUGAGGGCGUUUGCUGAGCACUGCCCUGAGCUGCAGUUUGUGGGGUUCAUGGGCUGCUCCGUCACGUCGCAAGGAGUCAUCCACCUCACAGGGCUGAGGAACCUGAGCAGUCUGGACCUGAGACACAUCUCUGAGCUGAACAACGAGACGGUCAUGGAGGUCGUGAGAAAGUGCCGGAACCUCAGCUCCCUCAACCUCUGCCUCAACUGGAGCAUCAAUGACAGAUGUGUGGAGAUCAUCGCAAAAGAAGGCCGAAGACUCAAAGAGCUCUACCUGGUCUCCUGCAAGAUAACAGACUAUGCGCUGAUAGCCAUUGGCCAGUACAGCAGCAGCAUCGAGACGGUGGACGCCGGCUGGUGCAAGGACAUCACGGACCAGGGCGCCACACAGAUCGCCAAGAGCAGCAAGUCUCUGCGCUACCUGGGCCUCAUGCGCUGUGACAAGAUACACACACCACCUUAG